CAAGAUAACAGAAAUCUAUUGAGGCGGGGGAGGGGGGUGAUAUCUUUUAUAAUAUCCCACCGCUGCCACCAAUAUAAAGGAAAUGAGCAAAGCGGGGAGACUAGGCUGAGAGACUAAUUAUAACAGAUUUGCUUUUAAAACUGGUAGCUGCCACCAACCUAAAAUGUCUUUGGGAUUUUUGUUGUUAAAUGUGUCUGAGGCAAACUUCUCCCAUUUUCUGCCCACACCGUUUUCCCCCCAGGCUCCCAAACUGAUGUUCACUAUGAGGCUUUUCUGUGGUAUUUUAUUGUUGUAUUGCUGGAACUUUUAUUAAGACUUCUUGAUGGAAAAUAUACACUGUGGAGGCUCUUGAAAGUUGAAAAUAGAAUAAAAAAUUAUUUUCUUAAAAACAGGUAAAUGAUUAUUUCAGAGAGGUUCAUAAGCGUAAUUGGUUACAGAUGUUCUUCAGCUUAACUUAAUUGUAUGUUUCGGAUUUACUUCACUUAGAUUCAAACAGUUCCAACUAACCAAUCUAUCUAUUGGUCACAAAAACCCUCGCUCUAUUUGCUGAGAAUAGACACGAGUUCCCCUGGGUUGUUCAUUAACUCUAACCUAGAGUCCUUCUAUUAACCAGCCCAAUAGUGAGAGUCAAGAGAUCCAAGCUGCCUGACUUCGCCUGUCAGUUUCCACAGCUUUCAGUUCUCUCUCUCACACACACUCUCCCACCUCCAAAACCAAACUGCUCUCUUCAAACCCUCAAACAGAACUCUCUUCUCCAAACCUCAAACCAGAACUGCCUGGAGCACUUUUUUUUCUGCACUCUAAGACUUGGCUCCUCCCAUCUGCUCUGGUUGGCCAAUCCUAAGAAUCUCUCUCUAAGCUCCUCCCCCUUUCUAACCACACUCAAGAUGGCUGCCUAGCAUUCCUCAAAAAAAUGGAGGCUGCCUCACUCACUGCCACCAAGGCUUCAUUCUAGGCCUAAUAGGUAAGGUUCACUACACCUGCCUUAUCCUACAUCUUAUUUUUCUGAAACCUACAGAAUUGUAAUGUCCAGAAUGUCAUUAUUGUUAGUCAAACAAGGCAAUGUACAAAAUAUCGAGUGGAAAGAUACAGUUAUGCCUACUUCAACAUCAUUUCCAUCAUGGAUGAACACUAAGGAAGUUAGAAGAAGUUUCAUACACAUAUGUGGAACAUAAAUGUGAAACAAGAUCUGUCUUGUUCAGUUAUGAGAGAAUGUUCUCUUUUUUAUUUUAUGAGAUGAAGUGGAGUUUGAGGUGGGUGACAUAGUGAAAGAAGCUUGCCAGGGUUUCUGGGUUACACUGAGGCUUGGGUUUCCCCUCCCAGCCCUGAUCAGCAAAACUGGAUUGGGUCCACAUUGUCUAUGGGUUGGUAGGUGGAUGACCAGGCUCACUGUCUCAGUGCUAAAUGAAGAACACAAAUGAUGGGAGGAACCAUGGAAUUGUCAAAUGUAAGCCUAAAAAGAGGGCUACAUACCCUGAAGGGAUCAUUUCCCAUCUGAUCUGAUCUGGGGAUCAAAGCAGGGACAAUCCUGGUUGGAACUUGUGUGGAAGGCUGCCAAUGAAUACCAGGUGCUAUAUUUCAGAAAAAGAAAUAUGUUUUUGCCAAUUUCAGAAAAACUGGCAAAACAACUUCUGAGUAUUUUUAUUGUUUGUCACCAUAGUCCCUGGGAAUACAACACCAACUCUCUGAUGGCAAUUUCUGUGAAGAGAAAACCUGCAGAAAAAUACCUAAUACUGGCAGACCCCACGUUACAAACAUCUGACUUAUAAAUGACUCAUAGUUACAAACAGAGGCCGGACCUGAUAGACAUGAAUACCGUUGCUGUUCAAAGCAACCUUGCAAAUUUAGAGCAUGCCUUUUUUGUAGCAGAAAAACUUGGUGUUGCCAGACUUCUGGAUCCUGAAGAUGUUGACGUUUCCUCGCCUGAUGAGAAGUCAGUAAUCACUUAUGUGUCAUCACUUUAUGAUGCAUUUCCCAAAGUUCCCGAAGGUGGUGAAGGCAUCAGUGCACAUGAUGUUGAAGUCAAAUGGGUCGAAUAUCAGAAUAUGGUGAACUACCUCAUCCAGUGGAUCAGACACCAUGCCACAAUAAUGACUGACAGAGCGUUUCCAAACAAUCCUGUGGAACUCAAGGCACUUUAUAACCAGUAUUUACAAUUUAAAGAAACAGAAAUACCACCAAAGGAGACAGAGAAAUCUAAAAUCAAACACCUGUAUAAAUUACUGGAGGCGUGGAUAGAAUUUGGGCGUAUCAAGCUUCCCCAAGGUUACCACCCAAAUGAUAUCGAAAAAGAAUGGGGGAAGCUAAUUAUUGCUAUGCUGGAAAGAGAAAAAAUGCUUCGCCCAGAAGUUGAAAGGUUAGAAAUGCUGCAGCAGAUUGCAAACAGAAUUCAGAGAGACAGCCUGAGCUGCGAAGACAAACUAAUGCUUGCUCGAAAUGCUGUGCAAUCAGAUGGAAAACGAUUAGAAUCAGGUCUGCAGUUCCAGAACGAAGCUGAAAUCGCGGGCUAUCUACUUGAAUGUGAGAAUUUACUUCGCCAACAAGUCAUAGAUGCCCAACUUCUUAUUGAUGGAAAAUAUUAUCAGGCAGAUCAACUAGUCCAGAGAGUUGGAAAACUACGAGAUGACCUCAUGGCCUUAAGAGCAGAGUGCUCCUCAAUCUACAGCAAGGGGAGGACACUGACAACAGAACAGACCAGGAUGAUGAUAUCAGGAAUAACACAAAGCUUAAACUCAGGAUUUGCACCAAACUUAAGCCCAGGUUUAAACUCUGGACUGAGCCAGGGUUUAUCACCCUCUUUGACUUCAUCUAGUCUAACAUCAGGUUUAUCAUCAGGUCUUUCUUCGAGAUUGACUCCUGCCAUCACCCCAGCAUACACACCAGGUUUCCCACCACGGUUAAUUCAGAGUUAUAUUACUGGAGUUGACAGUGGUGGAUUGCAAACACUCAAACUGAUGCAGAUCCGAAAACCCCUGAUGAAGUCAGCGUUUGUUGAUCAGAAUUUAACAGAGGAGGAAGUCAACAUGAAAUUUGUGCAGGACCUUUUAAGAUGGGUGGAUGAAAUGCAGGUGCAGCUGGAUCGGACUGAAUGGGGCUCGGAUUUGCCAAGCGUUGAAAGCCAUGUAGAAAAUCACAAGAAUGUCCACAAAGCAAUUGAAGAAUUUGAGUCAAGCCUUAAAGAAGCAAAAAUCAGCGAGAUGCAAAUGACCGCUCCCCUUAAACUCAGCUAUGCAGAAAAAUUGCACAAACUGGAGAGCCAAUAUGCAAAACUUUUGAAUACAUCAAGAAAUCAGGAAAGACACCUUGAUACCCUUCACAAUUUUGUAUCACGUGCUACAAGGGAACUCAUAUGGUUGAACGAAAAAGAGGAGGAGGAAGUUGCCUAUGACUGGAGCGAAAGAAACACAAAUAUAGCAAGGAAAAAGGAAUACCAUGCAGAACUGAUGAGAGAACUUGAUCAGAAAGAAGAAGUUAUUAAAUCAGUUCAGGAAAUAGCAGAACAAUUGCUGUUUGAAAACCACCCUGCAAGGUUAACUAUUGAGGCCUAUCGAGCUGCAAUGCAAACACAGUGGAGUUGGAUUUUACAACUUUGCCAAUGUGUUGAACAGCAUCUAAGAGAAAACAUUGGAUAUUUUGAGUUUUUCAAUGACGCCAAAGAGGCCACAGAUUACUUGAGGAAUUUAAGAGAUGCUGUACAUCGAAAAUACAGCUGUGAUAGGUCCAGCAGUCUUCAUAAACUGGAAGAUCUAAUCCAAGAGUCCAUGGAAGAGAAAGAACAGCUCCUUCAUUAUAAGAAUGUCGUAGCAGGACUAGUUGGGAGAGCAAAGACAAUAGUUCAGCUGAAGCCAAGGAAUCCAGAUAAUCCACUCAAAACAUCCAUCCCGAUUAAAGCUAUUUGUGACUACAGACAAAUUGAGAUAACGAUUUACAAAGAUGACGAAUGUGUACUGGCAAGCAAUUCCCAUCGUGCAAAAUGGAAAGUGAUUAGUCCAAGUGGCAACGAGGCCAUGGUUCCCUCCGUCUGUUUCACUGUUCCUCCACCUAACAAAGAAGCAAUAGAUACUGCGAACAGAAUUGAACAGCAAUACCAGAAUGUCCUAACUCUGUGGCACGAAUCACAUAUAAACAUGAAAAGUGUGGUCACCUGGCACUACUUGACAAAUGAAAUUGAAACCGUUCGAGCAAGUAAUGUUGCUUCGAUAAAGACGCUACUACCAGGUGAACAUCAGCAAGUUUUGAGCAACUUACAGUCCCGCUUCGAUGAUUUCCUGGAAGACAGUCAGGAGUCUAAAGUCUUUUCAGUUGCUGACAUUGCACAGCUGGAAAGGGAGGUGAACGUUUGCAAGCAGUACUACCAGGAGCUUCUGAAGUCUGCAGAGAGAGAGGAGCAUGAGGAAUCUGUUUACAACUUAUAUAUCUCUGAAGUUCGAAACAUCAGACUGCGCUUGGAGAAUUGCGAAGAUCGUUUGAUCAGGCAGAUUCGAACCCCAUUAGAGAAAGACGAUCUACAUGAAAGUGUGUUUCGAGUAUCUGAACAAGAGAAACUAAAGAAGGAGCUAGAGCGACUCAAAGAGGAUUUGGAAACAAUCACAGACAAAUGCGAUGAUUUUUUUAAUCAAGCCAGUGGUUCACCCUCAGUCCCUACUUUGAGAUCAGAGCUUAACCUACUGAUUCAAAAUAUGAAUCAGGUUUACUCCAUGUCUUCCAUUUACAUAGAAAAGUUAAAAACUGUAAAUUUGGUUCUCAAAAACACCCAAGGAGCUGAAGCCUUAGUGAAAUUGUAUGAGACUAAAUUGUGUGAAGAAGAUCCAUUAAUGGCUGACAAAAGUAAUAUAGAGAGCCUGAUGGCUACUUUAAAGCAAUGGAGAUCAGAGGUUGAUGAAAAAAGAGAAGUGUUCCAUUCUCUAGAAGAUGAGCUCCAGAAGGCCAAAGCAAUUAGUGAUCAGAUGUUUAAAACUCACAAGGAACGUGAUCUUGACUUAGACUGGCACAAAGAGAAAGCAGAUCAGUUGACUGAGAGGUGGCAAAAUGUUCAUUCCCAGAUUGAAAACAGAUUGCAUGACUUAGAGGGGAUCAAUAAGUCACUGAAGUACUACAGGGAUACUUACGGUGCACUGGAUAAUUGGAUUAAGCAAGUUGAAGAAACUCAGCAAAAGUUUCAGGAAAACCCGCCUCAGAACAGCAGGGCCCUGGCUAAACAACUAAACCAGCAGAAGAUGCUAAUAGCUGACAUAGAGAUGAAACAGAACAAAUUAGAUGAGUGUCAGAAGUACUCAGAGCAGUAUUCUACUACAGUAAAGGACUAUGAAUUACAGACAAUGACAUAUAGAGCCAUGGUUGACUCUCAGCAAAAAUCUCCUGUGAAACGCCGAAGAAUGCAGAGUUCCUCCGAUUUUAUUAUUCAGGAGUUUAUGGAUUUACGAACACGCUAUACAGCUUUGAUGACCCUGAUGACUCAGUAUAUAAAGUUUGCAGGCGAUUCUCUGAAAAGGCUGGAGGAGGAAGAGAACCUAAAGAAUAAGGAAGCACUUGUCCGUGUGGAAUAUUCUGAUCUGGAACAGCAACAAAAAGCAGUAGUGAAUGAGAAUCGGAAACUUAUGGAAAGGAUAAAUGAACUCGAGGAGAUGUUAGCAGAAUUGAGGAGACAGAAGUUCCAGCUGGAAGAAGAACUCCCAAAAGCAAAGGAAGAGGCAGAAAAAGAAAUGAAGAGACUGCAAAAGAAAAUAGAGGAGAUUUCUCUUCAGAAAAGCAAGGCUGAACAAGAGACAAAACGAUACCGCAUAGAACUGGAUGAUGUUGUUCAGGAGAAGGAAGCUGCAGAGGAGGAAUUGGAACGUGUGAAACAGCUCACCUUGAAAGCUGAGGCUCAAAGAACCAUUGUUGAAGAAAACCUCAGAGCUUUCAGAAUUCAGUUAGAGGACAGUGACAGGGUUAGAAAGACUUUUGAAGAUCACUUAAGAAAGAAAGACACCAAUCUCCAAGACUUGGAGCAGCAAAAGAAAGCAUUAAUGGAAGAGCUGAAGAAGAAAACUGCAGAAGAGGAAAAGCUUAUGAAACUAAUUAAGGAAAUGGAACGGGACCUUGAGUUGCAAGGUAGUCUAGGGAAGAGCAAAUUCAGAGAAAAGGAAAUAACAGAGGUUAGAAGGCAAAUUACUUUAAUAGGAAGAGAAACCCUAGUAACAGGCACAGACAUUUUUAGAGAAAAGCAGGAAAUAAAGACUAUAGAUGAAUACCAGCAACUGGUUGAUGAGCUAACGUUUGCCAAGAAAAAGUCUGAAAAAAUAAUUAAAGAUUUAAAAUAUGAGCUGAAUGAACUUGAACUGCAAAAUGCAUCCUCUGAAGAAAAGGCUCGCUUACUAAAAGAAAAACUAGAUGAGGCUAAUAAUUCUCUCAGGUAUCUUAAGAUAGAGAUGGAUCAGAAAGAACUGGUAGAGCAAGGAUACUUGGAGCAGCUGAAAGAACUUGAUAGGCAACUGCAGAAGACCACAUGCAAAGCUGAAAAGGUAAUGCAAGAGGUCAUGGAUCUCAAAAAAAUAAAUAUGAAAUAUCAAGAAGAACUGAAGUCACUUCAGAAAGAAAAGGUACAGUUAAAGAGGGAGCUGGAAGAGCUGGCUAGAACACACACACAGAAUGAGAUUACUAUUCAACAAUUAAAUGUGCAAAUCAGUUCUCUCCAGCAAGAAAAAAUGGUUGCUGAACAGAGAACUAUUUCAUUUAGAGGGGAAGCAAGCAACCUGCAAGAACAGUUUAGAAAGAUGCAAGAACAAUUGCUUCAAAAGACAAGAGAAGAAAAAGAAAGCCAGUUUAAUAUCCAAAGGUUGAAAGAUGAUUUAGCUGAUAGUAAGCACAUGGUAGAGAAAUUAAAGCAGAAGGUUGAAGAGCUUAACAGAUUGAAUAGUGAAACCAAAAUAAUGAUGACUGAAGUGCGGACUGAGUCAGAGAAGGUAGUUGUUGAGAGACAAAUUAUUGACAGGAAAAAUGAUGAAUUAAAAUCUUUGAUCGAGAGCUUCAAAGAGCAGCUACGUGUCACAAAUGAAGAACUGCACAAACAGAUAAUAAUUGAACAAGAACAUUUGGAUAAAAUCAAGAGACUGGAAGAUGAGUUAAUAAAGACAAAAGAUUUGGCCAAUGAUUUUAAACAGAAAUGUGAUAGGGAGAAUGCUUACAACAUGAAUGCUGAGAUGGAAGUAAGGAAUUUAAGUAGCCAGCUGAAUACAUGUACUAUGGAAAUAAAGAUGUGUGAGCAGAAAAUUCAACAGCAGCAAGCUUAUAUUCAGGAACUGAAUAGCAAGAUGAAGAAACAGCAAGAUGAUUUCCAUCAGAAGACUUUGGAUGAACAGAUGGCACGCAAAAAGAUAGCCUUGCUUCAAGAAGAGUCAAUUAAGUUUAAACAUUCUGCAGAAGAGUUUAAGAAGAAAUUUGAAAAGCUCUUGGAAUCCCACAACAUUGCCGAAAAUGACAUAUCUGGAAUAAGGAUGGAAUGCAUUACUCUGCAGCAAGAAAGGCACAUGACUCAGGAAAAUAUCAGGAUGUAUAAGAUUCAAAUUGAAGAUCUGCAAGACAGACUUCAGAAAUGUCGUGAGCAACUACAACAAGGAAAGCAUGCAGAAACUGAAUAUUUGCAUAAGUACCGCAAGCUUGAAGAAGAAUUACAUAUUCAGAAACGUACAAUAGAGAACUUGAAACACCAAAUAGAUAUGCAGAAAAGAGAGCACUGCAAUCAGUUACGUAUGUUUCAGAAUGAGAUCAACAAAAAGAACAUACAGUUAGACUUUGGUUGGAAAGGAAAUGGAUUUAGUUACAUGGGAGAUACUUCCCCAAGAGAGUUUGAGAAACAUAACUUGUGUACUACGACCUCUCCUUUAUUAAGAAGACGGCAAAUUGAGAUUAGUACUCCAGGUUGUAAAACUGAACAGCUCGUUACUACCGGCUCAUUGCCACGAGAGAAGUCAUAUCAACUGUCUGGAAUAACAAACUCACUAGAAAAUGGAGUGAGCCAACAAUCCUAUGCUGAAUAUGUUUCUCAGACAAGUACACAGCUUGAGAUAACCAUUGAUAAGAACAACCCUCUCGCAGGAGACAGCAAAUUCCUCAGUUCAAGACAUGAAGACGGUUAUGAAUUGGGAUUAGGGAAACAUCGGCAUCCUUUGGAGAAGUCAGUAGAAGAAGAAAAGAAGGAACACGUUGAAAAAGCUGGGGACUUACUGAAAUGGGUAUCAAAUGUCACCAAGAGUCUCAGAGAAGGUGGUGGAGGAAGAUCUGAAAAAGCAGAUUUACUUAAGAAACAGAUAUCUGCUGAUGAUUUAUCUAUGAAGAAAGAACAGAUAUCAGAAGCUUUACAAACAACGCAAACAUUUUUAGCAAAACAUGGCGAUAAAAUGACAGAGGAGGAGAAAAAUGAAAUGGAAAACCAUGUUAAGUCCCUGCAAGAAGGUUAUAAACUAUUAUCCAAUGAAGAUUUGAAACAGUUGCAGGAGGAACAAAAUAUAGAUGAUGAAAGAAUGGAUGAAAAGGUGGACAAAGUUAUAGCUGGCAUCAUUGAUCAGACCACCGGAGAGAAGUUUUCAGUCUUGCAGGCAGUUUAUAAAGGACUUCUUGACUAUGACACUGGAAUUCAAUUACUUCAGGCCCAGCUCAUUUUAUCAGGCUUAAUUUCACCAACUCUGAGAAAGGGUUUUGACCUUGAAGAAGCAAAAGCUAAUGGACUUGUUGAUGACCAAGCUGUAAUGCAGCUACAAGAUUUGCAGAAUGCCAAGUCAGUCCUUUCAGAACUGCAGUUGACACCACACCCAGUAGUUGCUGCUUUGGAAAAGAGUUUAAUUUCAGAAUCUUUGGCUAUUAAAAUUCUUGAAAUCCAGUUUUCCACAGGGCAUAUAAGUAUACCAGGCACAGAAGAACAUUUGACUGUGCACCACGCUUUUCAGAAGAACCUAAUUUCUGCAGCAUUAUAUACCAAACUUCUAGAACGACAGGACAUGUGCAGAGAUCUCAUUGAUCCCAACACUGCUGAAAGGCUCUCCCUUGAGGAGUUGCUUGACAGAACUGUUAUACAUGAAAAAACAAGCUUGAGAUUUUUACCUGUGAUGCCUCAAGAAAGAGGGCGGAUAAUGCUAAAAUCUGGAAGGAAGAUAACUGUUUUGAGAGCAGCUCAUGAAGGACUCAUAGAAAGGGAAACUAUGUUCAGGCUGUUAGGUGCUCAGCUGUUUUCUGGGGGUAUCAUCCAUCCUCACUCGGGACACCGGAUGACUGUUGAAGAGGCAAUGGGAGAAGGGCUGAUUGAUCAAGACACUGCUUGUGCUGUUUUGACUCACCAGGUUCAGACAGGUGGGAUCCAAUGUCCAAACUCAUCAAAACGGUUGACUGUUGACGAAGCUGUACAAUGCAACCUGAUCUCCUCUAGGAGUGCACUGCUGGUGCUUGAGGCACAGAGAAACUUUGUUGGCCUCCUCUGGCCACACAAUGGUGAAAUCUUCCCUAUAUCCACCUCCUUGCAUCAAGACAUGAUUACUAAUGAGUUGGCCUGCAAAAUUCUAAAUGGGAGGCAGAAAAUAGCAGCUCUUUAUAUUCCAGAAACAUGUGAAGUGAUCAGCUUGGAGAAUGCUGCCCAGCAAGGAAUCAUAGAUAGCUACACAUCAUCAAUUUUGUGUAAUCUUACACUGCCUGAUGAAAUGCCAAAUAUGGAUGAUCUACCAUUCCCUUUGAAGAGAGCUGCAAGAUGGUUUUCAUCUUGCGAACUCCAUCCAUCUUUCCUGCACAAGCAAAGCAGGGAUAUAGAUAGUACUAGUACCAGUGAUCCAAAGCAACACCACUUUCAACAAGCUCAAAAGCUAUUCAUGUCUUACCUAAUGAUAAAUAGCUAUAUGGAUGCUAAUUCGGGCCACAGGCUUCUUUUGCAUUGUGGUGACUUAAACGAAACUGUCAAGUGGUUAAGGGAUGGCAGUAGUUCCCAAUAUAAUACAGAUGGGAUAGAAGGACAAUCUUGUGACUUCUGUAUAAACCCAAAAUCACCAGAUCAUGAGCAAAACUCUAAAAAUAGUUCUAUCACUGGCAAUGAUUUAAUCCAAGAUACAGGCAUCCAAAACAUUUCUAGGGAUGAUAAGAAGAAGGAAUUUCACAAAGAUGACCAGAACAGCAAGCAUUUAAAGGAAAAUAAUUUAUCAGUUGUAACUGGUGUUUCAGAUACAUCAGAAUAUCUUACAGAUACAUUAUUUUCCAAAAAGGAAACGAAAUUUGGAGAGGCAACCAAUGCAAAGGGGAAACAUGAAACAGAAAGUUUGCUAGAAUCUUCUGAAGAAAUACCAAUGAAAAUAGGGGAAAACAUAACUAAGGAAACAGAUGCUGGAAGUGAUGAAGUAAGGGGUUGCCCCUCAAAUUAUUUUCAGGAAAGCAAUCCUUCAAUAAUAAAUGAACAUAAUAUUGGUGUGUUAGAAGAAGGGAAAGUCAAGGAGAAAGAAAACAUUAUGUCAGUCAUCUUAGACAACCAUUUAGAUGCUAGUCAUUUCCCAGAUAUUAAUACUGAAGGAAAAGCACAAGGCAUCUCUGUUUCACAGAGAGGCAAGUGUCAUAAUUUUCAGACUGAAGAAGAAAUUGUAUUGAUGGAAGAUGAAGUAAAAGAGGAGUUUUGCAAUAGUACUCUGGAACAUGGCAAUAAACUUUUAAAAACACGGACUCAGGAAGAUUUGGAGCCUUAUACUACAGAUGGGUUGUUGCAGCCAGAAAUUAAUAAUGCUCCUUUGCUUCAUAAUUAUAAUAAGAACAGUGGAUGUCCUUUGCAAGCUUUUAUUGAUACAAACAGUAAUGUACCGCUAGAAGACAGUCCUAUACUACAUGAUGCAUGCCCACCAAAAGAUUCCCAUUACAUUAAUGGUAGACUACCACAAGAUCUUACAAAAUAUGUCAAUCCACCAUUGAAAGACACUGCAGAUAGAUUUACUGUGCAAGAUAAAUCAUCAUUAGAAGCAUGUCAUAUACCACAUAGUACAGUUCAAAAUAAUCAGAGUAUGCCAGUGCUAGAAAAGGAUUCUCCUGAUAUUAAUUCAUUAUAUGAAGACAAUAUGAGUUUGAUCAAUGGAUUAUUAAAGGAACAGCGGAUGGAAAUUGAAAAUAGGGAAUAUAUGGAAAAACUUAUUAUUACCAGAAACAGUCAGCAGCUCAUAGAGCCAGCUGAUUUACACAGUACAUCUCAUACCAAUUUUGAUAGGAAUCUAUUGUUGAAAAAUAAAGAUGAUAAAUCCACUAUGCCAAUUCAAAGACUUCCCCUGGAAGAUGUCAUUGAUAGAAACAAUGAGUUCAUAGCUGCAGUCAGUUUUGAAUUUUCUGAUGAAAUAUCUAUUAACAUCACUCCUGAGAGCGAACCCAGAACAUCUCUGGAAGUUGAUACUGGAAUGAAGAAUAAAGAGCUAUCUCUGGGUGACUAUCAACCAGGAGUUGCACUUGGCAGCUUGAUUCUGGAGGGAAGCAACAUUAUUUCACAGCCAGAAAAUGACGGUGACUAUAAAGACAGUACAGGGCAGUGUCAUACAACUUUGCAUAAAGAUGUCAGUGAAACUUAUGACGCUACACAGACCCAUCAUAACAAUGGAAAGGUCUGUAACUUGGCAAAAAUGAACAACAGUAAAGAUGUUACUCCAGAGCCUACCAAGGAAGCCAUAAAAGUAGCAGCAGAAAAGCCAGUUCACAGAGGUCCAAAAUAUUCUCAGGUUAACCUGAAUGACAAUGAGGAGAAUAUUCUGUGCUUUAGUGAAUCAAAUGACACAGAGAUUUUUGAAAUUAUAAAUGUUGGAGCUUUCAAUGCAUGGCUACUAGAUACUCAAGAUAAGGUGGAAGGUACUGGAGAUGUAGAAAAGAAAGAUCAGAAAAAAGGAAGUGAUGAUAGUGAAGGAAAUGACAUCUCCCAUGAAAGGUUACAGGAAGCUGAAAAUCAAAGAGUUGGGCAUGAGGAAAUCCGAAUGAAGGAAGGUGACUCUGAUGGGAGUGAAUAUGAAAGCUUAUGCAUGGAUAGUGGGAAUAGCGAUUAUGAGGAAAAUACUAAUAAUAUUGAGGGAGAAAAUAGUGGAGAUGAGGACGAUUUUGAAGGUUAUGAUUAUGUUGAUUUUGAUUAUGAUACUUCUGAUACCACAGAUGUGGAUGAGGAUGUGAUGGAAAUGCAUUAUUUUCAGUGCCAUGCUGAAAAGAUUGGAGCACAGUGUUUUGGAGACAACGGAAAACAACUUUCAGACAAGAAUAUUUAUCAGGAAAAUAAUUUGCACGUGGAGUCAAAAGAUGGCUUCCCCUGCUUUGAAAACUGUAGUGCUUCCAAAAACCAAAAUAAACCUGAUGCUACUAAAGAAAUUAUUUAUAGCCUAUCAUGUAAAUGUAAAGAUGAAAUACUGCAAGACAGUGAUCAGGAUCAUGAAUCUUUCAUGGAAAGUCAAAUCCCUCCAUUAUGUAUAACCAAUGGUGCAACAUUAAAGGAUACAAGACGAACAGAUGAUAAGCAGGUUGAGCCAGACGUUCCUCCUCAAAACAACUUACAUACUGAUCACAGCAAAGUUAAAUUUCAUGAUGACAUAUUAAUGCCAUGUUUUAAUAAUGAGAAAAGUCAGGAAGUUAAUGGUGGAGCACUGGUACAAGCAAUUACUAAUAAGCCACAGUUAGGAAUGGGAACUCCAGAACAAGAUAAUAAUGGGGUGUGUAUUCUAAAUGGAAAGCUGGGUGAGUCUUUCACACCAGACAUUAAAAAUGGUUACAAUGAUAUUCCCCCAUGUGAUGGAACAACAAAUAUUGACCAAAUAUCAGACAAAACAAAAUCAGGCAUGCAUUCAAAUGGCUUUCCUACUAAUGAAUCAGUGGACCAUGUGGAGGAUUUUGGCCUUUCCACUUACUUAAAACAAAGUGCAAAAAAUGUCAAAGCCAAAGAUAUAUUAGAAUUGAGAGAGAAUAAUACAUUGCACCUUACAAAACCUCAAGACAAUGGAAAAGAUCUAGAUGCCAUUAGCUGCAGAAACAAUAAGGGAGAGCACAAUCCAAGAGAAUUGAAUUGCCAGCUGUUGCCAUCUCUACCAUCAGUUCCUCCAGAGCCUGUGUUAGUUAAAAAAAGAGAAGGUGGUGUCCACCCUGAUCUGCAUCAUGAUAAAACCCAAAACUCCAAAUAUGACUUUAACAAGAUGUCACAACAGGAGCAUGAAGCAAGUAACAAAGAUGAAACAAGUUCUAAGGAUCAGGCAAUAGGCUUGUUUUAUAAUACAUUAAGCACCGUGGAUGGUAGUUCCUACUGUAUGAAGCAGAAAGCUGAUGAAACAUGGACUGCUCCUAGCAGCUUAAGAACUCCUAAGAAAAGCAUACAACUGUCACAGAAAGAUAUGGUGUUUCUUAAUUUUCCUCCAGUGAAGGAACAAGAAGUGCAUUUCUCUAUACCAGCUACAUUACCUGAAGGCAUAACAGAUAUAUUUAAAAGCGGUAUAAAAGAUGGCCGUGUUUAUUACAAGCGUGAAGAUGAACCAUUGAGUUAUAUUGGUACAAAAGGUUUAAUGCAAAAUUUACUGAAAAUGGUUAAUUACACACAUCAUGACAAUGAGGAGUCUAAUCAAUCUGAAAUCAAACAUGCAAAUGACAGUAGAACUAUUUCAAUGUCCACUCAAAUGUGUGUAAAUACAAAUGAAUAUAAUUUUGCCCCAGAUAUUUGGAUUGAUAAUAGAAGUCCUGACCUCCUCCUUGAUAUAUUGAAGCAAGACCAUGGCAAUCGAACUGAAAGUACACAUGAGACUGUGGAUGAUGUGGUCCAGAGUGGAAAAGAUCCAGAGAAAAGAACCUCUGAGCUUGACCAUACUUUUCCCAUCCUAGAUGGGACUGGACAUUCAUUAGAAUUGAAAUCAGAACAUGCUGCAGCGUAUACUGAUGCAUUUGGUAAGACUCUUAACUUGAAACAACAUCACCAAGCUGAGCAACCAGUCCAUCCACCAAACAUCUACUCUAAUGACAUUAUGGGAAUGACUGAAUCUGUACCAGGAUCUGACACAAGAAGCAUGCUAAAUAGUGGUAUGCAACCUUGUCUGUGGUAUACAGAAAAUCUGAGAAGACACUUGACAGUGUUUCAAGAUAUGAAAUUUCUCUUGGAUGAUUUCCAGCCAAUCAGUAAUGAUUUAGAAGCCCUUAAAGUGCAGCUUGAGCAAUUGGAGUCCUUUGAGUCAAGACUUGGUGGCUUUGCUGUUAUUUUGCGCAAAGAUAUGAAGUUGGCAGAAGAGUUUCUAAAACUUCAGCACAAGGAUAUUCCCAGAGAGCAACUUCAAGAUCUGAAAGAAAGCUAUGAAUGUUUGGAAAAUAAUUUCUUGAUGGUCUGUGAGAUGUCUUCAAAGCGAGCAAAGCAAAUAGUCUUAGGAGUAGAGUCUGAAAUGGCUAAACUUACAGCAUUGCAUCAAGAACAUCUCGUCAAGCUUCAGGAGUUUACAGACUGGAUCAUGGAGAAGAAUGAAAUAAUUAAAAACCUCAAAGUGGAUGUAUGUGAUAUCGAAGAUGUGAGACAAAGUUUUCAGUUCUUCAAGGACCUGGAAAAAGAUCAUGGAUGUAAAAAAAUUCAGCUGGAAUCCACAGCCUUUGACAUUCAGUUUUUCAUUUCUGAACAUGCCCAAGAUCUUUCCCCAAACCAGAGCAAGCAGCUCCUGAAACUCUUAAAUAGUACACAGAAACACUUCCGAGAAGUUCAAGAAACAAUACAAUCCGAAGUGAACCGUUGUGAAACUCUUUUGCAGACAGCUCAACGUCUUGUUGGCCAGAAGGACUUAGAGGAACAGCAUCAAGAUUUUAAAGAAAAACUGCAGGAUAUAUGUGACCUCCUCACGCAAACCGAAAACCAGCUCAUUGGCCACCAGGAAGCCCUUGUCAUUGAAGACAGCAAGACUGAGUUGCAGCAAUAUCAAACCAAACAACAGGAAUUACAGAAAACUAUGCAAGCAAAUACGCAGGCAUUGGCUGAAAUUGUGAAAAACACAGAGAUGUUCUUAAAAGAAAAUGGAGAAAAGCUGCUUCAAGAAGACAAGAUCUCUCUUGAAAAGAAGCUGAAUGAAGCUAAGACCAAGUGUCUCCUGCUUAGCCAGAAGGCAGAAGAAUCCAGAAAAGAGCUGGAUAAAGCUGUGACAACAGCUAUUAAGCAGGAAACAGAGAAGGUUGCAGCCAGAGAACAGUUGGAAGAGAGUAAAAAUACAAUAGAAAAUCUUUUGGAUUGGUUGUCAAAUGUAGACAAAGAUGCUGAACAUGGGAAAAAGAAAUGCAAGCCAGCAAUCAAGCAGAAUGGCAAUCAUAUUCAGGAGGAGGAUGUGGAGGGUUUGGUGGAAGAAGAAGAUGAAGUCAAUGGUAACUUGCUAGACAUUGAACAGGAAAAUGAAAUCCAGAUAGAUGGGCAGCUGAAACCAUCGGAAGAUAAUCUCAAUAUGCAAUAUCAGAAAGCUAAGGCUCAACAUGAGAAACUUAUUUCGCAGCAGCAAGCUGUCAUCAUAGCAACACAGUCAGCCCAAGCCCUACUUGAGAAACAAGGGCAUCAUCUUUUACCAGAGGAAAAAGAAAAGAUUCAAAGGAAUAUGAAGGAACUGAAAGUGCAGUAUGAUACUAUUUUAGCUGAAUCGGAGCAGAAACUGAAGUUGACACGUUCGCUACAGGAGGAACUUGAGAAAUUUGAUGUAGACUAUGGUGAAUUUGAAAGUUGGCUCCAGCAGGCAGAGCAAGAACUUGAAAACCUAGAGACAGGAGCCUCUGAAUUCAAUGGGAUUGUGGCCAAACUAAAAAGGCAGAAAAGUUUUUCUGAAGAUGUCAUUUCUCACAAAGGGGACUUGAGAUACAUUACCAUUUCUGGACAGAGAGUAUUGGAUGCUGUCAAGUCAUGUAACGAAAGAGAAGGUGUUAAAUAUGAUAAAGAAGAUAUUGAUACUUCAUCAACAUUUAUGGAGGUACAGAAUAAGUUGGACAGUGCAACUGGUCGCUUCAAAUCUCUCUAUUCUAAGUGCAGUAUCUUUGGAAAUAACCUCAAAGACCUGGUAGAUAAAUAUCAGAAUUAUGAGGAUGCCUCCUCUGGGCUUCUGUCAGGACUCCAGGACUCUGAGGAAGCUUUGAAUAAACAUCUAUCAGAAGCUGUUGCUGCCGAUCCCAAAAAUCUCCAGAGACAACUAGAAGAAACCAAGGUGCUUCAGGGACAAGUAUCUGGUCACCAGAUGGCUGUGGAGAAACUGAAAAAAGCAGCUGAAGUGCUUUUCGACACAAGGGGGGAACUGUUGCCAGAUAAAGAUGAAAUUCAGAAUACACUGGAUACUAUUGUGGAUAAGUAUAAUCAGUUAUCCAAAGCAGUGAAUGAUCGUAAUGAGAAACUCCAAAUCACUCUGACACGUUCAUUAAGUGUUCAGGAUGGACUGGAUGAAAUGCUUGAUUGGAUGAAUGGCGUUGAGAAGAGACUUGAGGAGCAAGGUCAAGUGCCUUUGAAUUCUGCUGCUCUUCAGGAUGUCAUCAGUAGAAGUAUGGCUUUAGAGCAAGACAUUCUAAGUCGUCAAAGCAGCCUAAAUGCCAUGAAAGAAAAAAUGAACAAAUGCAUGGAAACAGCAGAUCCAUCCACUGCAUCCUCUUUGCAAGCUAAAAUGAAUGAGCUUUCUGUACGGUUUACUGAAGCAAAUAGGAAACACAAGGAAAAACUUGGAAAGAUGGAAAAACUGCAGAGUAAAGUAGAACUGUUUGAAUGCCUGUCUGAUAAACUUCAGUCAUUCUUGGACAAGAAGACUCAGGCUCUUAGUGAAGCUGACGUCCCAGGGAAGGAUGUCACUGAAAUGUCCCAAUAUGUUCAGGAAACCAGCACUGAAUUGAUGGAGCAGAAAAAAGAUCUUAAAGUUUUGCAACACCUCAUUGAAGAACUUUCUCCUCAUGCGCUUCCUGCAGACAAAUCUUUAGUAUUAGAAAAAGUAAAUGCUCUGUUAAAGAAAUUUAAGGAAGUUGAAGAAGCCAUACAAGAAAGAGAAGACGAUGUGUCUUCUUGCCAACAGCAAAUGGACACAUUCAACCUUCAUGUAGAAUCUUUAAAGAAAUGGAUAGAUGAGAUGAUCAAAAAAGUUCCAGACACACAGCCUUCUUUGAAUACUGAAACUUUAAAGAAACAUUUGCAAACUACCAAGAAUUUGGAAAAGGAAUGGAGUUCAAAGGCACCUGACAUUCAGAAAAUGAUUACCAGAGGAACAGUGUUGUGCAACCUGAUCAGUGCUGUGACUUCACCUGCAAAGUCAAGGGGAAUAAAACCAGCUGUAAGUGGCUUGGUAUUAAAUGGUGAAGGAGCAACUGUAGGUAACCAGGAUUUUUUGUCAAACAAAGAACUAACCACAGUCCAUCACAGCAUGUCAGCAGUAAGCAGUAGUUAUGAUGAUUUGGGGGCAAUGCUGAAGAAAAAAACUUCAGAACUGGAAUCCAUGCUUUCAAACAUGCAGAACGUUCAAGAAGAAUCAAACUCAAUGAUGGACUGGUUACAGAAAAUGGAUACUGCUACAGCCAAGUGGGAAACAGCUCCUCUCGACACUGAGUCAGUUAAGGAACAAGUGGAUCAACAUAAGCUUUUUGAAACAGAAUUGAAACAGAAUGAGAAUAAAGUGCAAGAGUUGAAGGACAGAGUUGCAGAGCUAUUGGAGAAGAACCCGAACUCUCCUGAGGCACCAAAAUGGAAACAGAUGUUGGAUAAAAUAGAUUCCAAGUGGAAAGAACUGAGUCAGGUAGCAGCUGACAGACAGAAAAAAUUGGAAGAGUCAUCGAAUUAUCUGACCCAAUUUCAGACAACUGAGGCUCAGUUAAAACAGUGGCUGGUGGAAAAGGAAUUAAUGGUCAGUGUCCUCGGACCACUGUCAAUUGAUCCAAACAUGCUGAACACUCAGAAACAGCAAGUUCAGAUUCUGCUCAAAGAGUUUGACACACGAAAGCCUCAGUAUGAACAGCUAAGUGCAGCUGGACAAGGGAUCCUGAAAAAACCAGGAGAACAUCCACCUUCUCACGAAACAGUGAAGCAACAACUGGCUGCUGUGGCAGAGAAGUGGGAUGGAUUAACAGGACAGCUGAGUGACCGGUGCAGCCGAAUUGACCAAGCCAUUGUCAAAAGUACAGAGUACCAAAACUGUCUGAGAAGGCUCUCUGAGAAACUUGGUGCCUUGGAUGAUAAACUGAGUCAAAGUCUGGCUAUAAGUACAGACCCUGAUGCUGUGAAGCAGCAGCUGGAACUGGCCAGAGAAGUCAAAGAAGAAAUAAAAAAGGAAAUGCUGAAUAUUGAUGCUGCUGAGAUUCUGUGCAAGGAGUUAUCAGAGUUGGUGGCAGAAGACUAUUUGAAAGCAGAACUUGCCAGGCAGUUAGAUGGCAUUUUGAAACCUUUUAAGGAUAUGGAACAAAAAGCAGGAAAUCACAUAGAGCAACUUCAGUCAACCUAUGUUAGUUCUCAUCAAUUCCAGAAAAUGUCUAAGGACUUUCAGAUCUGGCUGGACAAACAGAAAGAAGAACAGAAUCAGUCCCGUCCUAUCUCUACCAGGCUGGAGUCUCUGUGGUCAUUAGUUGAUGAUCAAAAAGAGUUCAAAGCAAGGUUGUCUGACCAGAUUGGCUGUUAUGAGAAGAUAAUUGCUGAAGGAGAAAGUCUGCUCCAGAAGACUCAAGGAGUAGAGAAAGCAGAACUGCAGUCUCAGUUAAACCUGCUUAAAGAUAACUGGGAGGAAAUGAACAAGCAAGUUAAAGAGAGACAAGACAAGUUAAACAAUUGUGUAGAGAAAGCCCUCAGAUAUAAAGAGCAUGUGGAUAUCCUGCAACCUUGGAUAGCAAAGUGUGAGAGCAACGUGUCUGAAAUCAAGAUGGGGAUUGAUCCAGUGGAGCUAGAGAACUCAAUCACUCAGGUGAAGACCUGGCAGAAGGAUCUGGACAAACACCAAGGGAUAGUGGAACUCUUGCGUAAUGCAGCAGACACUUUCCUCAAUGCCUGUGAGACAGAUAAAGAUGUUAUUGAAGAGGAGAAGACACUUCUGAUUCAGAAAAUGAAUGUGGCCACAGAACAAUUACAAAUGAAAAGAGAUGAGUUGGAAAAGAUGUCUCAGAAACUGAAAGAGUUUCAAGAAUCAUCUAGAGAAGUUAAAGAACAGCUGAAGAAUGCCAGGGAACAGCUGGAAGUGCAUGAGUCUCUCAAACCCCAGACCUAUAGCAACAAACACUUGACAAUUAUGCAGGCUCAGCAGAAAGCACUCCAGAUUACAAAGAAUCAAGUAGAUGUGACGAAAAAGCUUGCCCAAGAGCUUGUGGUGGAGGCUGUGGGUUCAUCAGGCGUCUCGGACCUCUUGUUGCAAGCAGAAGCAUUAGAAAAGGAAUACAGCAACAUCAAUGAGCAGGUCGAGCAGCAAUGUUCCUUCCUGGAAUCUAAACUCCAAGGAAUUGGCCAUUUCCAAAAUGCAAUAAGAGAGAUGUUUUCCCAGUUUGCAGAGUUUGAUGAUGAGUUGGACAGCAUGGUGCCCGUGAGCAGGGAUGUAGUCAUACUGCAGUCACAGCAGAGGGAUAUCAAAGCUUUCCUGAAAAAAUUGGAGGAACUCAUCACUAGUAAUGAAAAUGCAAACAAGACAUGUAAAGCAAUGUUAGCGAGUGAAGCAGAAACUUCUCCUGAUCUUGCAGGUAUAAAAAGGGACUUGGAGGCUUUAAAUAAACAGUGCAACAAGUUACUUGACAGAGCAAGGACCAGAGAUGAGCAAAUUGAAGGGACUAUUAACCGUAUGGAGGAAUUCUACAGCAAACUACAGGAAUUUUCCAAGCUCCUUGGAGAUGCUGUAGAACAUGAGGAAUCCCAAGGUCCUGUUGCAAUGGAAACAGAAACUAUUAAUCAACAGCUGAAUGCAUUUAAGGUAUUUGAGAAAGAAGCGAUCGAACCGCUGCAGGUUAAGCAACAAGAGGUCAAUUGGUUAGGUCAAGGCCUGAUUCAGAGUGCAGCUAAAAACACUAGCAUCGAAAACCUUGAGUGUAAUCUUGAGGAUGUGAACACAAAAUGGAAAACUCUCAACAAGAAGGUGGCUCAAAGAGCAGCUCAACUGCAAGAAGCCCUGCUGCACUGUGGAAGGUUUCAAGAUGCUGUUGAAUCUAUUCUGUGCUGGCUGAUUGAUACAGAAGACCUUGUAGCUAACCAGAAACCUCCAUCGGCUGAGUUUAAGGUUGUUAAGGCCCAAAUACAGGAGCAAAAACUUCUUCAGAGAUUGCUGGACGACCGCAAACCCACUGUCGAAUUGAUCAAGCGUGAAGGAGAGAAAAUUGCCGAGUCAGCAGAGCCUGCUGAUAAAGACAAGAUCUUGAAACAGCUGAACCUCCUGGAUAGCAGAUGGGAUGCGCUGCUCGAUAAAGCAGAAAGGAGAAAUCGCCAGUUGGAAGGUAUCUCUGUAGUGGCACAGCAGUUCCAUGAAACUUUUGAACCACUGGUUGAAUGGAUAGUAGCCACUGAAAAGCGGCUUUCAAAUUCAGAACCCAUUGGUACACAGGCUUCCAAACUGCAACAACAGAUUUCUCAACACAAAGCCUUAGAGGAAGACAUCACCAUUCACAACACAAAUUUGCAUGAAACCGUUAAUAUUGGUCAGGCUCUAAAGACCUUGUGCUCCAAAGAGGAUAAAGAAAUGGUGCAGGAGAAACUAGAUUCUUCAGAAGCACGAUACACAGAGAUUCAAGAGAAAUAUAGCAGUAGGGCUGAGCUUCUGCAGCAAGCGUAUUGCAAUUCUCAGAUUUUUGGAGAAGAUGAAGUCGAAUUGAUGAACUGGCUGAAUGAAGUUCACAAGAAGCUGAGCAAACUGGCAGUCCAAGACUACAAUACUGACCUGUUAGGGAAACAACACACUGAAAUGCUGGUUCUUCAAGAAGAGAUUGAGCUCAGGAAGCAAAAUGUGGAUCAGGCUAUACAAAAUGGUUUGGAGCUUCUCAAACAAACCACAGGUGAUGAAGUUAUCAUUAUUCAGGAUAAAUUGGAAGGUAUUAAAGCAAGAUACAAGGACAUCACUAAGCUCAGCUCUGAUGUUUCCAAGACUCUAGAACAAGCUCUAAAGCUGUCAGGACAACUACAAUGUACCCACGAGGAACUCUGCACUUGGCUCGACAAAGUCGAAGUGGAAUUGUUGUCGUAUGAUUCUCAGGUCCCCAAAGGCAAAGAAUUAAAUAAGGCACAAGAAAGGCAAAAGGAAUUAAAAAAAGAAGCAAAGGAAAACAAAAACUUGUUAGACACACUCAAUGAAGUCAGCAGUGCUUUGCUGGAACUAGUGCCAUGGCGAGCGAGAGAAGGGAUAGACAGAAUGGUAACGGAAGACAAUGAACGGUAUAGGACUGUGAGUGACAGUAUAACUCAGAAAGUGGAAGAAAUUGAUGCUGCCAUCUUAAGAUCACAACAGUUUGAUCAAGCAGCAGAUACUGAAUUAGCCUGGGUUGAUGAAACAGGGAAAAAACUGAUGUCUCUGGAUGAUAUUAGGCUCGAACGGGAACAGACCACUGCUCAGCUACAAGUUCAAAAGGCAUUUACCAUGGAGAUUUUGAAACACAAGGACACAAUAGAAGAACUUGUUGCAUCUGGAGAUGAGAUUAUGAAGACCUAUAUGGAAGCGGAGAAACAAACAAUGAAGAAGAAACUGGAAAGCCUUGUGCAGAAGUAUGAUAUUCUCUGUCAGAUGAACUCUAAGAGGAACCUGCAACUAGAACGGGCUCAGUCUCUGGUUAGCCAGUUCUGGGAGACAUAUGAAGAGAUUUGGCCGUGGUUAACGGAAACAAAAAUGGUCAUCUCACAGCUUCCAGCACCAGCUCUUGAAUAUGAAACUCUAAAGCAACAGCAAGAAGAACAUCGGCAAUUACGAGAGUUGAUUGCAGAGCACAAGCCUCACAUAGAUAAGAUGAACAAAACUGGACCUCAGCUUCUGGAGCUGAGCCCACGGGAAGGUUUUUCAAUCCAAGAGAAAUAUGUAGCAGCUGAUGCUCUUUACAGCCAGAUUAAAGAAGAUGUCAAAAAGCGAGCACAGGCACUGGAUGAAGCAAUUUCUCAGUCUACCCAGUUCCAUGACAAGAUAGAUUCGACCAUUGAGAGCCUGGAGCGCAUCGUUGAACGUUUGAGGCAGCCACCUUCAAUCUCAGCAGAGGUUGAGAAGAUUAAAGAACAGAUCAGUGAAAAUAAGAAUGUGUCUGUAGACCUAGAAAAACUUCAGCCUGUGUAUGAAACACUCAAACAGCGUGGGGAGGAAAUGAUAGCGCGUUCAGAAGGCGCUGAUAAGGAUAUUUCUGCUAAAGUGGUUCAAGACAAACUGGAUCAAAUGGUCUUUAUCUGGGAAGACAUUCAUACCUUAGCUGAGGAAAGGGAGGCCAAACUGCUUGAUGCCAUGGAAUUAGCAGAGAAGUUCUGGUGUGAUCACAUGGGUCUUGUGGCGACUAUUAAAGAUACUCAAGAUUUUAUCAGAGAACUAGAAGGAGCUGGGAUUGAUCCAUCAGUGGUAAAACAACAGCAAGAGGCAGCAGAAUCUAUCAAAGAAGAGGUAGAUGGAUUACAGGAAGAGCUGGAUGCAGUUGUGAACCUCGGCUCUGAACUCAUAGCUGCAUGUGGAGAACCUGACAAACCUUUAGUCAACAAGAGCAUAGAUGAGUUAAAUUCUGCUUGGGAUGCUUUAAAUAAAUCAUGGAAAGAGCGUGUUGACAAGCUUGAGGAAGCCAUGCAGGCUGCUGUCCAGUAUCAAGAUGGGUUGCAGGCAAUAUUUGACUGGGUGGAUAUCGCAGGCAGUAAAUUAGCUUCAAUGUCACCAGUUGGAACAGAUCUAGAAACAGUGAAACAACAAACAGAAGAAUUGAAGCAAUUUAAGAAAGAAGCCUAUCAGCAACAAAUAGAAAUGGAACGACUGAACCAUCAAGCAGAGCUAUUAUUGAAAAAGGCGACCGAGGAGAGUGAUAAGCAUACUGUACAAGAACCUUUAUCUGAACUCAAACUUUUGUGGGAAAGUCUGGAGGAUAAAAUCGUCAGCCGUCAGCACAAACUGGAAGGUGCUUUGUUAGCUUUGGGGCAAUUCCAGCAUGCCCUGGAUGAGUUGCUGACAUGGCUGACGCAUACAGAAGACUUGUUGAAUGAUCAGAAACCUGUGGGCUCAGAUCCCAAGGCUAUUGAAAUUGAACUGGCCAAACAUCAUGUGCUGCAAAAUGAUGUCUUAGCUCACCAGUCCACUGUGGAAACCGUUAAAAAAGCAGGAAAUGACCUGAUUCAAUCAAGUGCUGUUGAAGAAGCAAGCAAUUUACAAAGCAAGCUGGAACUUUUGAAUCAGCGAUGGCAAAAUCUCUUGGAAAAAACGGAAAAAAGGAAGCAACAGCUGGACACUGCUUUGAUCCAGGCUCAAGGUUUCCAUGGUGAAGUUGAAGAUCUGCACCAAUGGCUGACAGAAACCGAACGUCAGCUUUUGGCAUCAAAGCCUGUUGGUGGUUUACCAGAGACUGCAAGAGAGCAGCUUAAUACCCAUAUGGAACUCUGUGCUGCAUUUGAAGCUAAGGAGGAAACAUACAAAUGUCUGAUGCAAAAGGGUCUGCUUGCAAGUUGCCCAGGGUCUGUUGAAACGAAUGUUGAUCAAGACAUAAAUAAUCUUAAAGAAAAAUGGGAAUCUGUGGAAACAAAGCUCAAUGAAAGAAAGAUCAAACUGGAAGAAGCCCUCAGUUUGGCAAUGGAGUUUCACAAUUCACUGCAAGACUUCAUCAACUGGCUUACUCAAGCUGAGCAAACCCUGACAGUGGCUUCUCGGCCAAGUCUAAUCUUGGAUACUGUCUUGUUUCAAAUUGAUGAACACAAGGUCUUUGCUAAUGAAGUGAAUGCCCAUCGUGACCAGAUCAUUGAGCUUGAUAAAACUGGAACCCAUUUGAAAUAUUUCAGCCAGAAGCAAGAUGUUGUCCUCAUUAAGAAUCUGCUGAUCAGUGUCCAGAGUAGGUGGGAAAAGGUGGUUCAGCGGUUAGUGGAAAGGGGAAGAGCAUUGGAUGAUGCAAGGAAGCGUGCCAAGCAGUUCCAUGAAGCUUGGAACAAGCUUACAGAAUGGCUAGAUGAAUCAGAAAAGACUUUGGAUGCGGAGCUUGAAAUUGCAAAUGAUCCAGACAAAAUUAAGAUGCAGCUCUCCCAGCACAAGGAGUUCCAAAAAGCACUUGGAGCCAAACAUUCUGUGUAUGACACCACAAACAGAAGUGGCCGUUCUUUAAAAGAAAAAACAACUCUUGCCGAUGACAAUUUGAAACUGGAUGAUAUGCUGAGUGAACUUAGAGACAAGUGGGAUACAGUCUGUGGAAAAUCAGUAGAAAGACAAAACAAACUGGAAGAAGCACUGCUGUUUUCUGGACAAUUUACUGAUGCUCUUCAAGCUCUUAUAGAUUGGCUUUACAAAGUGGAACCGCAGCUGGCCGAAGAUCAGCCUGUGCAUGGAGACAUUGAUUUAGUAAUAAAUUUAAUAGAUAGUCACAAAGGCUUCCAGAAGGAACUGGGGAAGAGGACAAGCAGUGUCCAAGCUCUGAAACGCUCAGCCCGUGAGCUGAUAGAAGGCAGUCGUGAUGACUCCUCCUGGGUCAAAGUCCAAAUGCAGGAGCUUGGCACUCGGUGGGAUACCGUGUGUGCCCUGUCUAUCUCAAAGCAAACACGGCUGGAACAAGCCCUCAACCAGGCUGAGGAAUUCCACUCUGUUGUCCAUGUACUGCUGGAAUGGCUAGCUGAGGCUGAACAGGCCCUUCGUUUCCAUGGUGUCCUUCCAGAUGAUGAGGAGGCUCUGCGUGGGCUAAUAGAGCAGCACCGGGAAUUCAUGAAGAAACUGGAAGAAAAAAAGACUGAGCUAAAUAAAGCCACAGGUAUGGGAGAAGCUAUCCUGGCUAUCUGCCACCCAGACUCCAUCACUACCAUUAAGCACUGGAUCACAAUAAUCCGAGCAAGGUUUGAAGAGGUGUUAGCAUGGGCCAAGCAACAUCAGCAGAGAUUGACAGUGGCCCUGGCUGCACUUAUCGCGAAUCAGGAGUUGUUAGAAGCCUUGCUAUCCUGGCUGCAGUGGGCCGAGGCAACGCUCACCGAAAAAGACAAGGAAGCCAUUCCUCAGGAAAUUGAUGAUGUCAAAGCACUCAUAGCUGAGCAUCAGACAUUUAUGGAGGAAAUGACCAGAAAACAACCUGAUGUGGAUAAGGUUACUAAGACGCAUAAAAGGAAAACAGUUGAAUCUGGUCCAAUCCAGUCUCAUAUCCCAGUGCUGGAUAAAGGAAGAGGAGGAAGAAAGCGUUCUCCAACACCAAGCAUGUAUCCUUCAGGUGCACAGGCCCAGAUUGAAACCAAGAAUCCGCAAGUAAACCUCUUAGUCAGCAAAUGGCAGCAAGUCUGGCUUCUAGCCCUAGAAAGACGAAGGAAACUCAAUGAUGCUUUAGACCGUUUAGAAGAGCUGAGAGAAUUUGCCAACUUUGAUUUUGAUAUUUGGCGGAAAAAGUAUAUGCGUUGGAUGAACCAUAAAAAAUCUCGAGUGAUGGACUUCUUUAGAAGGAUAGAUAAAGAUCAAGAUGGAAAGAUCACUAGACAGGAAUUUAUUGAUGGUAUUCUUUCUUCAAAAUUUCCUACUAGUCGAUUGGAAAUGAGUGCAGUAGCAGAUAUCUUUGACAGGGAUGGUGAUGGAUAUAUUGACUAUUAUGAAUUUGUAGCAGCGCUACAUCCAAACAAGGAUGCCUACAAGCCUCUGACAGAUGCAGAUAAAAUUGAAGAUGAGGUGACAAGGCAGGUAGCAAAAUGUAAAUGUGCAAAGCGAUUCCAGGUGGAACAAAUUGGUGACAAUAAAUACAGGUUCUUCCUGGGAAAUCAGUUUGGUGACUCUCAGCAACUCCGUCUUGUCCGUAUUUUGCGGAGUACAGUAAUGGUUCGAGUUGGAGGUGGAUGGAUGGCACUGGAUGAGUUCUUAGUAAAAAAUGAUCCCUGCAGAGUUCAUCAUCAUGGGAGUAAAAUGUUACGUUCGGAAUCAAACUCUUCAAUUACCACUCAGCCUACUAUAGCAAAAGGAAGGACAAACAUGGAGCUUCGCGAGAAGUUUAUUUUGGCGGAUGGAGCUAGCCAAAGUAUGGCUGCCUUCCGGCCAAGAGGGCGCAGAUCCCGACCGUCUUCAAGGGGUGCUUCGCCCAACAGAUCCAUGUCUGUGUCCAAUCCUCCUGCCCAAGGAGUUCCCACGCCAGCUGUUGCUGUCAGCACACCCAAGACACCCCAUCAUUUAACACGCAACUAUGGUAAACCAUGGUUGAUAAACAGCAAAACGUCAUCACCAUGUAAGCCACCAGAGUGCUCUGAAUAUCAAGUGUCAUCCACAGAGGGAACGCCAAUACAGGGAAGUAAACUUAGAUUGCCAGGAUAUUUGUCAGGGAAGGGUUUCCAUUCUGGAGAAGACACUGGUCUAAUUUCAACAGCAGCUACACGAGUCAGGGCACAUUUUCCAGACACCAGAAAAACACCAAGCAGACCUGGAAGUCGGGCAGGAAGCAAAGCAGGCAGUAGAGCAAGCAGCCGCCGAGGCAGUGACGCAUCGGACUUUGACAUUUCAGAAAUCCAGUCUGUGUGCUCAGAUGUGUCAGAAACUGUUCAUACCCCUAUCAGGCCGACACCACGGCCAAAUUCUCGGUCAGCAUCUGGCAAGCCUUCCAAAAUUCCAACUCCACAAAGAAGAUCACCUGCUAGCAAAGUAGAAAAGGCCUCCAAGAGAUAAUGUGUUUGGCUCACCGAGGUCUUCUCCUCCCCCCCCCCCCCCGUGCAUUAAAUAUUUAAGUUUGUAAGAUGUAAAAUAUCCUGUAGAAAUUAUUGUGAAAUAUUACAAGAAUUGGAUUUUUAAUUUUGCAGAUGGCCUUAUUUGUGUAUUUGUCUUGUUUAUUUUUUGUGUAUAAGUUUUGUCAAUUUUUGUUCAUUUGUUUAUGCCAUAUCCUAUGUCAACAGAGGAUUUUUUUUAAUGUAAACUAACGGUUGUUUGCAGUAACAUGUAGAGAGAGAGAGAGAGAUCACUAAAAGCAAUUACUGAAUGUACAGUUAAGUCUUUGCGUCCCAAGUCAACAUGGCCUGUCACUUUUCCAUUAACAGUAAAUGAUACCUCAUAAUGUUGUCUUAAUAAAACUGAAAGACAUCAGGCAAAAUUAUGUAUUUCUAGCUAACAGAAUGGAGCCUGCAAAAAGAGUAGCAGGGACACUAAAGAAUAGAAGACACGGUUCACACAGCAGUUAAUCCAACAGCAUCUUCCAGGGAAUUCACAGAGACAGUUAUUUAAAGAGCACUUGCCAAUUCUACACUCCUCCAAUAUGUUACAGCAUUAUCAGUGUCAUUGCUUUAGAAGAAGGCAGACACAACCUGGAUACUGUAAUAGAAUUAUUACACUUGCACAAGAAUGACAGUAUAAUCUGCAUUCAUGUCAAUUUUUGUUUGCUUGAGUGGAUGAUAUCUAUAUCAUUGGACUCAUUUUAUAUCAAAGCAGUUUUGCUUGCAAAAAGAAAAGAAGAAACACUACGAAAUAAACCUUGUCCCUUCUCUUCGUUGCUAUUGUAUUCCUUAUAUCCCAGGGAGAUACAUGUUUUGUGUCAUGUUUACAGUAUUAUGAAAUCUGACAGUUCCAGACAGUUACUUUCAGAAUGAACUUCAUUGUAAUUUCCCCCCGUUUUCCGCCACAUUUCAAGCAAUUUACUGUGUUCCUUUAAUAAAACAACAUUUACAUAUCGGA